AUGUUUUCAGAAAAUAUUUAUAUUAACUCGAACUUCAAAAAUAAAACUGAUUCCUCAGACAUCAAUCCAGACUCUCCUCCAGCUCCUCCAAAGAAGACCACGACUCGUGAAAGUUGCCAUAGAUUCUCCAGGGUGCUCUUCAUCUUAUUCACAAUAUAUUUCCUGCUAUUGACAAUCUUAUUCUCCAUUUCUCUGAUCACUUUGUUUAAAAAAUAUUCUCAGCUUCUUGAAGAAAAAGCAAUCAUAAAAGAACUGAAUUAUACCAGAUUGGAGUGUACAAAAUGGCAUUCACUCUUGAAAGACAAAGUCUGGAGCUGUUGCCCAAAGGACUGGGAGCCAUUUAGUUCCCACUGCUACUUCAUUUCCACUGACUCAGCAUCUUGGAGCAAGAGUGAGGAGAAGUGCUCCAGCAUGGGUGCUCAUCUGAUGGUGGUCCGCAGCUGGGAAGAACAGGAUUUCAUCACUAAGAUCCUGAACCGUAAAACUGCUUAUUUUAUCGGGCUUUCAGAUCCAGGUCAUCGUCAGUGGCAGUGGGUUGAUCAGACGCCAUACAAUAAAAGUGCCACGUUCUGGCAACCAGGUGAGCCCAACAAUGAACAGGAACAAUGUGUUGUCUUAAGUCAUCCUUAUACACGUUCUAGCUGGGGCUGGAAUGACAUCUCUUGCAGUGAUAAGCAGAAGUCAGUUUGUCAGAUGAAGAAAAUAUACUUGUGAGAAAGCAGUCUUCAUGGACAUGGGGCCGCAUUUUUAUCCAGCAUUACACAGGCACCUGGAAAGAUCUUCUUGUGGAAUAUAUGUCCAUAGAAUUUUAGGUAGGCAGCCAACAGUUAUACAUAUGAUAAUUCUGGUCCACAUAUAUACUUAUUCAUUCAUCCUUUACUCUAUUAUAUAAGGAGAAUUUUACAUAUACCAGAGACCAUACAGGAAUAUGUGUGGAAUCGCAUCACUUUCUCUGUCUAUUUUUAGAUUCCUAAUGUCUUAUUUGAUGAUAGAAUUGUAUGGA